AUCGACUGCCUUUCCCUUGAUCUAUGUACACUGCGAUGUCAUGUAAAGUUUAACAACACAUCAGAACUAUGUACUAAUGCAUUUCCGCCCUCCAACCCUCCUUCCUUCAUGCCAUACUCGGAUUCCUUUUCAAGUGAAGCUGCGAAACACGUGCAUCCUCUUUCUGGAACGUUGGACUUUGUGCCGCCCACCAGGCGCCACCACAUGCCUAAUUCAUAAAUCAUUAUCUCGAGAGUGUCGGAUAACUUAUCCGCCCAGGCACCGGUACAGUGAUCCGUUGGACAUACGUACAUGUCGUGGAGCAUCCGGCGAUAAAUACAGGUAAUAAAGGAACUAGCUUCACCCCUUUCCAUAUCUCGUUCUAUCCAGACUGUUCCUCGUCGUGGGUUCAAUCGAACAUGCACCGCAUUACUCCCUCUUCCUCGCCGGUAACCCCCUCUCACGCAAUGUCAAGUGGGUCAACCACACGACUCCCUCAGCACCUAUGUCUUCAACAGGACUAUCACCUGAACCACAUGCAUUAUGGUGCGAUAGCCAGCCAUGGCUAUGCCAUCAAACAACCUCAAGUUGACUAUCUGCGGGGUACACCGCGGGCCGAAAUACCUUUGGACCAUGUCGCUGAAACUGGCGCAUUAUCUAUCGUUUCUCCGUCGCUCAAUCAGGCUCCGACCUCAACACUGAGGUACCAAGAUACGGCUUGGAGUGGUCAAUAUGCACAAGCGAACUACCCCGUUUCAACAUCUUACGCUGACGAAGAUGGGAGGUUAUCCAUCAUCAAGGGUCAACACGUUCAGCUGCUUCACCGUAUCGCUCCUGUUCCAAUUACUCAAGCCCACAUUCCUUCCCAGAACUACCACCAUGACACGCUACUUGUUAGUACCAAAACGCCCCAUUACGACGGGGAUGCACAGGGAUGCACCUCCGGCGAUGCCGCAUACUCUGGCAUUGCACUUUCAUCACCAAACACCAGUAUUAUGUUACCCAAUGUAGUAGAAUACUCAUUAGGAUCCCCGUGGGAGAACGGGAACGUUUCAAAGUUUGGCAAGUCGCCCUUCGCUCAUCAUGCCACCACUGGACUUUCGACGGGCCUGGCAUCCACAGUUCUCUUUUCGCCCACCUCAAAUGUAUCAUGGUUGGCGUCUUCAAAACCGGUUGUGCCGCUACUUCAAGGUCCUUAUCCUUCGGACCAUCUGGACAGUGAGAUCAUUCCAGCGCCUGUGGAAUUGGCGGCAAGUUCAACUUGGUCUGCAAGAAAGCCUUAUCUACCUUCAAGCCAAGAGAUAAAAAUUCGCACCCACACCCAUCGUGUCCCACAGUCCUUCCUCGCACGCUUCCAACCCUAUCUCAAUCCAACUCGAAUGCCCAGGUUGUAAACUUACAUGCAUCAGCAUCGAU